AUGUUGAAUUGCAAAUCCGUUUGCACUCCCUUGGUUGUGAAUGAAAAAUUGAUGAAAGAAGAUGGAAGUAAAGAAGCAGAUGCAUCUCUCUAUAGAAGCUUGGUUGGAAGUCUAUUAUAUUUGACAUCUUCAAGACCCGACAUCAUGUAUGCUACAAGCUUAUUAUCUCGGUUUAUGCACAAUCCAAGUCAAAUUCAUGUUGGGGCUGCAAAGAGGGUAUUGAGAUAUAUACAAGGUAUACUUGAUUUUGGUAUCUUGUAUGAGAAAAAUGUUGAUGCAAAGUUGUUUGGUUUUUGUGAUAGUGAUUGGGCCGGAUUUGUUGAUGAUAUGAGAAGUACUUCCGGUUAUACAUUCUCUCUUGGUUCGGGUGUAUUUUCAUGGGCAUCUAAAAAGCAAGAAACGGUUGCGCAAUCUUCUGCCGAGGCUGAGUAUAUUUCAGCAUCAAUGGCAGCGUCACAAGCAAUAUGGCUAAGGAGAAUUUUUGAAGAUGUUGGUGAGAAGCAAAGGGAAGCUACUCCAAUUUUAUGUGACAACAAAUCCGCAAUUGCUAUGACAAAGAAUCCUAUUUUCCAUAGUCGCACAAGACACAUUGCAAUCAAGCAUCACUUCAUUAGAGAAGCCGUAGAGAAUGAAGAGAUUCAACUCAAUAUUUCUGUCACGGUCCAGAUUGCUGAUGUGCUUCCCGAGUUGGAUGUGAACUCCUCUUGGAAUGAUGAUGGUGGCUUCGAAGGUAUAUAUGAUGUUGAGAUAUUUAUCGACUCAUUGUGGUCUGAUGUACGGAUCGUGAGAAGAAUACCUGAGAUAGUGAAGAUUAAAGCUUAUCAGCUACACCCUCCAAGAGAUGCUCCAGUCAGUUGGUAUACAACGGUUGCUUUGGAGAAGAUUAAAGAACAUGGUGCUAUCUAUCUCACUCCAUUUUCACAUAGCUUGGUAGGAGAGAUUGACUUGUUGGAAUACCAAAGGUUGAGGUGUAAAGUUAUUUAUGGUGCCCUGUCAUUUAAGCAACACAUUUUAGAAUUGUGUACCAGUGCAUUUCGUAAACUUCGUCGACAAGGUCCCUUCAUCGUUAUAGAUCUUCAUGUUGGGAUGGAGAAGCAGGAUAUUGCUGAGUGCUUAACACUGAAGAAAUAUCCAAAUGGAAGCUUUACAGAAAAGAAAGAUGGAAGGGCCAAAGGAAAUUGCCCAUUAACUCCAGAAGAGGUUGGCCUUAUCUUAUGUGCAAUGGGAUUUGACAGUUCUACCAGGAUAUACCUCACAGCUGGGGAAGCCUUUGGUGGUGAGCGAUUCAUGAAACCUUUUCGGACCAUGUUCCCACGCCUCGAGAACCAUAGCACGGUGGAUGCACAGGGCGUACCAGGUCCUGUUAUUGAUUAUCUGAUUUCUCUUAAUGCCGGCAUUCUCUUGCCUUUCAUGCCAAUAUACGAUAGACCUAGUGAAUUUGCCAAUACUCUCCUGGGCCAUCGUAUCUACCGCUUUUUGACCACAGUUAGGCCUGACAGAAAGGAGCUUGCACGCAUCUUAAAUGUUUGGGAAAAAGGAACUGCUGAUUUUACACAAGCCAUUUGGCGUAUGAUGCACAAUGCCACUUCCAAUGAGCCUCACAAUUGUCUACCACAAGAGUCUUUUUACGCGAAUCCUUGGCCCGAAUGUUUUUGUCACAAAUCGCUGCUCAAUCCUGCUGACAAGUGCCCAUUUCGACAAAGGAGCAACAUCUCAGUCAGAGAUAAAAGCCUUUAUGUUGUUAACUAUCUCAUUGAUCCUGGAUAA